AUGAAAUUAUUCAAUAAUAAUAAUAAUAAUAAUCAAUCAAAACGUGCAUUAAUUAAUGUUGGCGGUAUUAAACAUGAAAUAUUAUGGCAUAUUGUUGAUCGUUAUCCAAAUACAAGAUUAGGUAAAUUACAUCAUGUAACUAAUUUACAAGAAUUAUUAAAUUUAUGCGAUGAUUAUGAUCCUAUUAAUAAAGAAUAUUAUUUUGAUCGUAAUCCAAUCAUAUUUUCAAUGAUAUUGAAUUUUUAUCGAUCUAAAAAAUUACAUUAUAAUGAUAUGAUUUGUGUAAUGGAUUUUAAAGAUGAAUUAAUUUAUUGGGGUGUUAAUGAAAGUUUUAUUAAAGCAUGUUGUUCACAUCGUUAUCAUCAACAAAAAGAUUUAAUUGAAGAUGAAGUUAAAAAAGAAGAAAAUUGUUUAAAACAAACAACAACUAUUGAUGAAUUUGGUUCUGGUUGUUAUGCAAAUUUAAAAAGACAAGGAUGGAAUUUAUUAGAGAAACCGCAUACAUCUAAAGCAGCUAGGGUGUUUGCAAUCGUUUCAAUAAUUUUUAUCCUUCUAUCUACAAUCAGUUUAACGUUGAAUACAAUGCCUGAAAUACAACUUAACACUACAUUGAUCAAAUAUAUUGAGACGGAGAUACUUACCGAUACAGAUGAUAAUAAUGCUACAACUACUACUACUAUACAUCAAUCAUCAAAUGAAAUAACUGAUAAUCCAUAUUUAGAUAUUGUUGAAACAAUAUGUAUCUCUUGGUUUACAUUGGAAUAUGUAUUACGUUUAUGGUGUUCACCAAAUAAAUUGAAAUUUCUUAAACGUAUUCUCAAUAUUAUUGAUUUAAUAGCAAUUUUACCAUUCUAUAUCCAUGUAUUAUUGGUAGAAGUUGUAACAAGACAUCAUAAUGAAUCAUUACAUUCAUUAAGAAAAAUUGUACAAAUAUUUCGUAUUCUUCGUAUAUUACGUAUAUUUAAACUUGCUAGACAUUCAACUGGUUUACAAGCACUUGGUUAUACAUUUAAACGUUCUUAUAAAGAACUUGGUUUACUUAUGUUAUUAAUUGCUUUAGGUGUUGUAUUAUUUUCUAGUUUAGUAUAUUUUGCUGAAAAAGAUGAAAAUUCUGAAAUGUUUCGUAGUAUACCAUCGGCAUUUUGGUGGGCAACUAUUACAAUGACAACAGUUGGUUAUGGUGAUAUGUUACCAAGAACAAUAUUAGGCAAAUUAAUUGGUGCAUGUUGUUGUAUAUGUGGUGUAUUAGUAGUAGCAUUACCAAUUCCAAUUAUUGUGAAUAAUUUUGCUGAUUUUUAUAAAGAACAUAUGAGACGUGAAAAAGUAUUAAAACGUAGAGAUGAAUUUGAAAAAUUUCGUCGUAAUGAAGAAUUAUUAAAUAAUGAAAUGAAUAAAUGUGCCUUUAUUGAACAAAUGAAUCAAGAGGAUGAGAAACAAAAUCAUUAUCUAAUCAAUAAAAUUGUAUAA